AGGUAGAUUUGGAAGGGUGGAGGACUAGGAGGUGGUGCUGGCAGUGGCAUAGGUAAAGGUGGUGGAUUAGGUGGUGGCUUUGGAAACAGCGGAGGAUUAGGAGGUGGUGAUGGUGGUGGUAGAGGAGUAGGAGUAGGGGAUGGAGGUGGCAUUGGUACAAGGGGUGGAUUAGGAGCAGGAGUUAUUGGUGAUUAUGGAAAGGGUGGGAGGACUAGGAGUAGGUGGUGGCUAUGGAAAUGCAGGAGGAGCAGGAGGUGGUGCUGGUGGUGCCAUUGGUAAAGGUGGUGGAGUAGGUGCAGGAGGUAGUGGUGGCAUCGGCAAAAGAGGUGGAUUAGGAGGAGAAGCUAGCGGUGGCUUUAGAAAGGACGGUGGAUUAGGAGGUGGUACUAGCAUUGGCGGUGGUAUGGGUAAAGGUGGUGCAAUGGGUAAGAAUGGCGGACUUGGUGGAGCGGGGGUAAUGGAAAAGGUGGCAGACUUGGAACAGGAAUUGGAAAAGGUGGCUUUAGAAAGGACGGUGGUGGGCUUGGUGGAGGAGUUGGUGGCGAGCUAGGCAGAGGAGUAGGAGGUGGCAUUGGAAAAAGUGGUGGAAGUGAAGGAGCAGGGGUUGGCAUUGCAAAAGGAGGUGAAGGUGGAUUUGGUGGUGGCGCAUGUGGUGGCUUUGGAAAAGGAGGAGGUGGAGGUCUCGAGGGUGGUUUUGGAGGUGGUUCAGGUGCUGGAAUUAGAGGAGGAUCACGAGGUGCUUUUGGUGGUGGGUUUGGUAGUGGAGGCGGAGGCGGAGGCCGGGUUGGUAGAUUUGGUGGACGCGAUGGAUUUGGAGGUGGUGGUGGUUUCGAGAGUAGUGGCGGUGGUGGAGAAAUUGG